AUGAAGUCAUUGUCCAUCUUUGCAGCGGCUCUACUCACUGCUGUGGUAGAUGCUGGCCUGUCAACACCGGGACACUUCCACAAGCUUGAUGCCCGAGCCGAACUUGCCACCUCCCCUCCCCACUAUCCGUCGCCAUGGAUGAAUCCACAGGCUCCAGGCUGGGAAGACGCCUACAAACAGGCCAGGGACUUUGUGUCGCGCAUGACUCUGGCUGAGAAGGUCAAUUUGACGACUGGUACCGGAUGGAUGAGCGACAACUGCGUUGGUAAUAGUGGAGCUGUUCCGCGGUUGGGCCUCCGGGCUCUGUGUCUGCAGGACGGCCCAUUAGGUAUUCGUCUUUCCGACUACAAUAGCGCUUUCCCUGCUGGGAUUACUGCUGGUGCGACAUGGUCGGAGCAUCUUUGGAGAGACCGUGGAAAGGCAUUGGGUGCUGAGUCUAGGGACAAGGGUAUUGAUAUCGCUCUUGGUCCUGCCAGUGGCCCUCUUGGCCGGGCCCCUACUGGUGGCCGUAACGCUGAGGGAUUCGGUUCUGAUCCCUACCUUCAGGGCAAGGGACUUGCCAAUACUGUUAUUGGUAUUCAGGAGUCGGGCGUCAUUGCUUGCGCCAAGCAUUUCAUCGCCAAUGAGCAAGAACAUUUUCGACAAGCUGGCGAGUCUGUUCCACGAGGAUUCAACAUUUCCGAGAGUCUUUCUUCCAAUGUUGACGACAAGACUCUACACGAAGAUUACGCUUGGCCAUUUGCCGAUGCCAUCAGGGCUGGAGUUGGUUCCAUCAUGUGCUCCUAUAACCAGAUCAACAACUCCUACGCGUGCCAGAACUCAAAGCUCCUCAAUGGAAUUCUCAAGGACGAAAUGGGCUUCCAAGGAUUUGUAAUGAGUGACUGGCAGGCCCAGCAUGGGGGUGCCGCCACUGCAGUUGCUGGCCUCGACAUGAGCAUGCCUGGUGAUACCGAGUUCAACACUGGCUAUAGUUUCUGGGGCGGAAACUUGACCCUUGCUGUCAUCAAUGGCACCGUCCCCGCCUAUCGUAUCGACGACAUGGCCAUGCGAAUCAUGGCUUCUUUCUUCAAGGUUGGUAUGAAGCCCGGCAAGCAGGUCCCUACCAGCUUCAGCUCAUGGACCCGCGACACGUUCGGCUACCGCCAGGCUGCUGCCAAGGAGAACUGGGAACAGGUCAACUUCCAAGUAGAUGUUCGUGGGGACCACGCUGCCCACAUUCGCGAGUCCGCCGCCAAGGGAACCGUCAUUCUCAAGAACACUGGGUCAUUGCCGCUAAAUAAGCCCAAGUUCCUUGCCGUCAUUGGCGAGGAUGCUGGCCAAAACUCCAGGGGCCCCAACGGCUGUGAUGAUCGCGGAUGUGACGAUGGCACUUUGGCCAUGCUCUGGGGUUCCGGUACUUCGCAAUUCCCUUACCUCAUUACCCCCGACAGUGCCCUCCAGCGCCAGGCUAUCCAGGACGGCUCCCGAUAUGAGAGCGUUCUUAGCAAUUACCAAUGGGCGGCUACUCAGAGGGUUGUUGCUCAACCCAAUGUCACUGCAGUCGUUUUUGUCAACGCCGACAGCGGCGAAGGCUAUAUCGAGGUUGACGGCAACGCCGGUGAUCGCAAGAACCUCACACUCUGGAAGAACGGCGACGAUCUAAUCAAGAACGUCUCAUCCAUUUGCCACAACACUAUUGUUGUCAUUCAUAGUGUUGGCCCUGUCCUCGUCACGGACUGGUACCAGAACCCCAACAUUUCUGCCAUUGUCUGGGCCGGUCUCCCAGGACAGGAGUCUGGCAACUCCAUCACUGACAUUCUUUACGGAAAGACCAGCCCUGGACGCUCUCCUUUCACCUGGGGUCCUACUCGUGAAAGCUAUGGCACUGACGUUCUCUACAAGCCCAAUAAUGGCAACGAUGCCCCUCAGCAAGACUUUACUGAGGGCUCAUUCAUUGACUAUCGCCACUUUGACAAGGUGGCGCCUGGCAAGAACAGCACCGGUGCUCCUAUAUAUGAAUUCGGCCACGGUCUAUCAUGGUCCACUUUUGAGUACUCGAACCUCAAGGUUGAGAAGCGUGAUGUCCGCCCCAUGUCCCCGCCCGAGGGCAAAACGAUAGCUGCUCCUACUUUUGGCAAUUUCAGCACGAACCUGAAGGAUUACGCCUUCCCUCCUUCUAUUCGCUAUAUUUAUCAGUUUAUCUAUCCGUGGCUCAACACGACGGCUUCUGGCAAGGAAGCCUCUGGUGACCCUCACUACGGCCAGACUGCGGAGCAAUUCUUACCUCCCGGUGCUACGGAUGGUUCGCCGCAGCCUAGGCUUGCGUCUUCUGGCGAACCUGGUGGCAAUCGCCAGCUAUGGGAUGUCGUGUACACCGUCUCUGCCACAAUCACCAACACUGGCAAGCGCGUGAGCGACGAAAUCCCCCAGUUAUACAUCAGCCUUGGUGGCAAGAACGAGCCCGUCCGCGUUCUCCGCGGCUUCAACCGCAUUGAGGGCAUUGCUCCUGGACAGAAUGUUACAUUCCGCCACGAAAUCACUCGCCGCGAGAUUAGCAACUGGGACACUGCGUCUCAGAACUGGGUCAUCACCAAGGCUCCCAAGAAGGUGUUUGUCGGUAGCAGCUCACGCAACCUUCCUCUGAGCGCCGACCUCAACUAA